AUGAAGCUCCGUAAGCUAUAUGGCUUGAUCAAGAAAACAUACUAUGAAAAGAGAAAGGAUUUUGUUCUUUACUUUUUCUUUUUGUUGAUUCCGUUUCUCCUAGUAUCAUUUCAUUUGUUCCUUAGGAAUAUCAGCGACAAGUACUCCCUCGAGAUUUACAAUAACUUCUCCGAAAAUGAUAAAAUAGAUUUGAACGACACCAUCAGGCAGUAUGUCCUCUUUUUGAGCAACGAGCUCUGCUCCAGAGAAAUCGGCGAUAAAGUGUACGUGAACCACAUCUGCCUGACGCCGGACGACGAGUUGUCCAGGUCCUUCCUCUCCUACGCCAACGAAAAUGAUCUGAACAUAUUUAGAGUGUACAAAAGCGAGGAGCAGUGCCUACAGAAUUUAAAGUAUGCCAUUCAACUUCGAGAAAGCGAUUUGGCGAACUCUGCCCGGAAGCCUCUUCGGGAGAAUUUGUCCCCGUUAAUGCACUCUUUUAAGAAUAAUUUGAAACGGGGCAAGUUCAUAACCCUGGAGGAGCUGUACCGAGAUGUUCACCCAGAAAACGAGUAUGAUGUUCUCCUAAAGUUAAGGAUAGAUGAAGAGACUUUGAGUGAGGUGAGGAAGACACAUCUGUACAGGUCCUUCAUUAGGGACAUAAGAAAACUGAAAGACGAAAGAAGCCACAAUGCCUUCUUCAAAGAUGAGCGGAAAAAAUUAUUUUUUUUUAAUUUCGUGAAAAAUAAUUUAAUAGAGACAAAUAGAGCGUGUGGUUUACUUGGUAUUGAAAAUGUAAGUCAUCUGGGGCAACAGAACCGGCUGCGUUUUUCCUACAUUUUCGGGAAGAAACCCAGCGGGCGCGCGGACAAGGGGAUGAACGAAGCAAAUCAAGCAAAUCAGGCAAAUCAAGCAAACCAUGCGAAUCAUACCAGUAUAGAGAAGGCAAUUAACCACCCCACUGAAGAAAUUAAUCAUCUGAUAAGUUUGCAAAAUGAAAAGGAUGUCCUUACAAAUGUGACAUACAAAAUCCGGGUAGGCGAUUACGCCUUGUUAACGUCUAGCGAGAAUUAUUUCUUUAAUGAUAUAAAUAUAAAUCUGAAGCAGAAUUUUGUGAACUUUAACACCGUAGAUGAUUUUUCCUUAAACGUUUAUUUUAACGAAUGGUACUACAGCAGCUUCUUCAUUGUACUGGAGUACCACUUUAACUUGUUCAUGCUCAAGUAUAAUGCGCAGGCGAGGGUGCAGAACUAUGCACGCUCCACAAACACAAGGACAGUCGAAAAGGUAACUGCAACUACAACUGGAAACACCGAGGGAGGAAAGGCUACUAGCCCAUCGAAAAAUUCGAUCCAUCUGAAAGAUUUCUUCCUACUGCACAUGCCCAUGAAGAGUAUGAAGAUAAAUGCUUUUGACACAAUCGAAAAAAAUAUAUUCCGAAUGGUGAUGUUUUUGUGUGUCUGUCUCUUUAUAGUUAACAUAUGUUUUGAUAUCAACAAAGAGAGGAAGAUAAAAAUGGAGAACUUCCUCUUUUGCUUGAAGAUAAAUAAAUAUUAUUACUACUUUUCUUGGCUGCUCUUCUACUUCAUCGUGUUGUUUUUUUACAACACUCUCUUCACCUACGUCAUAUAUCUCUACAUCUACAAAAAAAUGGUGAAUUAUUUCAUCCUUUUUUUGUACAUGUAUAUGUUCAUAAUAAAUAGCUUACUUUUUACAGUUAUUUGCAUGCACUUUUCGGAGAAUAAUGCGAUAAAUUACAUUGCUUCCUUCUUAAUAUUUUUUUUAUUUUCUUCAUUCCGUUUGAUUAUUCAUUCUGGAGUCGGAAGUGUUUUAUCAUUCUUCGUCUUGAUAAUUCCCCAUGCAUCUUUCUGCUUGGCGUUAGAUUUCAUCUUUAUUUUAGUUAAGAAUGGUAUUCAAAUUUCUUACCCCGAAAUGUUUAUUAAAUUUGAGAAUAUUUCCUUAAUGCACCUUUUGUUUUACUCUGUUUUUUCCUUCAUCCUUUUAACGUGCAUUUUGAUUUACAUGAUACAUUACCGAAACCGGCGCCAGGGGAAGCUCUACCUCAGGAGGGGAAGUGCCCACCAAAUACAGCCAAGUAGACAAAGUGGGUGCAGCGAAGGCAACUCCUUCAUGCUCGAGCUUACUGAUGGCCACGCGAAGGAAGACAUACAGAAUCAACAGAAGAAGCAACGCAACCACCACGGUGAACCAUUCCAAUCGAAUCCGAAGAAGAAGAAGAGGCGAACGCCACUGCGCACUGGGAGGGCCACCGAAUUUAGGCGACAUCGCCCGGCCGACUGCUACCUGGUUAUCAAAAAUGUGAACAAGACAUAUGGCCGAAAACAUGUGCUGAAAAACGUUUCACUUACCCUGCGCAGUAAUAGGAUAUUCGUCCUGCUAGGAGAAAACGGAUCGGGCAAGUCAACACUAAUUAACAUUAUAACAGAGAUGAUAACAGAGGACCAGGGAGAAAUACACUUCAUCAAGAGGGAUCGAAGUAGCCCUGGUAUCACGACAAAUCGACGCAACAGAAGUUCCUCCCCUUUAGAGAAACUCACACGAAGAAACCACCAUCAGAAGAAUCACGAUAUAGAAAUCAGCUAUUGCAGCCAAAACGUAAUUCUUUAUGAAAAUCUCACCUUCUACGAAACGAUUGUAAUAUUUCUCCUCUACUACAACAAGGAUGUAGAAAAAUACCUGAAGAAAAAAAGAACAAGAAAAAUUAUGAACGAUCUUGAUCUAGAAAAAUAUCUCAAUCACAAGAUUAAAAAUUUAAUAGAUGAUGUGAAGAAAAAAAUAUCCAUCUUCAUCUGUUUCCUUGUCAAGAGGGAUGUAUAUAUUUUAGACGAGCCUUUCAUUGCAUUGGACAUUAAGACAAAGACAAAGCUUUUUAAGUUUUUUGAGAAAAUAAAAAAAAAUAACAUCAUCUUUAUUUGCACCCAUGAUAUAUACGAGGCGAAUAAUUUUGCCAACGACAUCGCAGUAAUUAAAAAUGGAGAAAUUAUCUUCAACGGGACGAAGAGACAAUUCCAGAAACUUAUCGACUAUAAGUUCGUUUUGAAUGUUCGCUUUAACGACGUGGGGGUGUACAAUCAGAUUGGAGGUAACCCAAUUGGUAACCAUCCCAAUGAUGGAAACCUCUUCGACUUUCUGACCGACCCCAAUGCGUUGGAUAAUACCCCCGAGACGAUCAAACAGAACAUCAUCCACUUUGUAAAAAGUGUGAGAGAAGAAAACAAAACAUGCUUCAUCUUUUUCAACAGCAAUCACAUAUACUGCACAUACAAGAUACACGAAACGGAGUCGCUGAAGAAGCUUCUCUACGUGUUAAAGCGGUUCAGGCAUAUCCUAACCUACGAGCUAAAAACCAUAGAUAUUUACUACACGUACAUUUAUAUUUAUACGUAUCAUGAGAAAAAGAAUCUUUUGAAAAAUGUUGAAGAUAGUGAUCUGCGAAACCUGAUCAAGAUGGAUCCUCUCUUUUAUCUUUUUUUCGAUAACGUCAGAUAUUUUAAUGAGUUGAAUAAGAAGCUAGCCAUUUUGGAUCAUCCUCCUGGGAUGGGUGGGUCAUCUACCUCCCCUGAUUUUAGCUACCUGAGGGAUAUCGUCCUUAAGGGAGAACGUGGCAGAUGCACAAAUGUGGUAGAACAGAUGGAUAAGCAUGUCGGUACUUAUAAUAUGGAAAAGUCUAACUGCGCCGUGAAUAUGAAGAUGCCCCAUGUGCUGAAGCGCCUGACCAACUUCCUCUCCACGUAUGUCAAACCGACCCUCUUCCUAAUGAUAAAGAAAGAUCUCGGUAACACUAGCUUCUACUGGUACAAAUUCUUGGUGCCAAUUUUUCUCCUUUCCUUUGGAUUGCUCAUAAUAAAGUGCGUUUCCCUCUUUGGAAAAAUUGAAAAUAUUGAAUUGGAUUAUUCUACCAUUUCGUCGAACCAUAUGAAGACAAGUACACUGAACUACUACAUUAUUUACACCUCGGAGAUGGGUUCUGAUGCGGAACAAGUAAGAAGCACAGAUAGACAAUGCUCCCCGCCACAGGUGCACGUCACCUCCAAGUGGGAAAAUUAUUGGCAAGGAAGAAAGUGGAAAAACAAAAUAUUCAAUCCGGUGAAGCAGAUAAAGAAUACCUUUCCACAGAAAAAUCCAAGGAGUACCGAAAACCAUUUGGACUUGUCAACAAACUCCUUUAACUACUACAACAGCACUAUAAACUCCCUGCUGAAGAAGUACUGCAUAAACGAGAAGAUUAAAUACAUCGACGAAAUUAUUAGUGAAGACAAUUUGUAUGAACACGUUAAUAAUUAUUUGGAAAAGAGAUCAACAAAGCACAAAGAUAUUUCUCUGGGAACUUACGUAUUUCAGAUAAAUGAGAAGCUAACAGAUAAGGGAGAUUUGGAUUAUAACACAGAUGUGGAAGUAAAAGUGAAUCUCUUCUGCAACUACACCUCUAUACACUCUUAUGCAUACUACACCAACUCUGCUUUCAACGUUUUGGCUGAUUUCCAGAGCGGAAUGCAGCAGUCCGGUAGGGAGAUGCGCAACAUGAUUCGGAAGUUAUCCAAAUGGGAAGAUGCAGACAAUACACCGCCAUUUUCACCAUCACCACGAAAAAACAGAAUCGAUGUGAUCAACGAACCGUUCCCGAUAAAGUUCCACGAAUACUUCCUGCGUGAUUUCUACAUCAAUAUGUAUGUCUUUCUCUCCAUCGUUAUCUUCUUCUGUGUGUUCUUUGAAAAAUUGCGCAAUGAAAUAGAUUACAGAAAAGUAUUCGAAAAUUUCUACGUACACAAAUAUGUGCACUACCUGCAAAUCCUUCUUCUGGAAUACAUGUACUACCUGCUUUAUAUCAUCCUUUUGUUUUUUAUACUUUACGUGUUUCAGUAUCGUGAGUUUGUUCUUCCAUCUUUUUUCCUUUUCUUGAUGUUGUACGGAUUCAACACGUUUCUGUCCAUCUCUCUCUUCUCCUCUCUCUAUCAGCACAGUUAUAUCCUCUUCGUAUUUGUAAAUUUUAUUUUCUGUGGAAUUAUUAGCAUUGUCAUUUAUGUAUUGGUUAUCCUUUCCUAUGCCUACAACAACCAAGUGUUGAUGAAUCUCUCUCACGUUUUCGUUUGCAUUUUCCGUAUUCUUGAUUCCUUUUCGCUUUCCCAUGUGCUCAAUAUUAGAAGUUUAUGUUUAAACAUGAAGCGCCACAUGCAACAGAUUGACGACGAGUUGAUCAGGGACACCUCCAGCAGAUACUUUCAUGAGCAGAUAUAUCCAGGACAUGUAUUCGGAAAUUAUCAAGAUAAUUUAACAUCCGAGGCGUUGAAAGGUUUUUGCAGUGACUCCAACUCUUUCUUUAACACCACGGGGGAUUUCCUCUUCCUCAUCGUUAAUUGUGUCUUCUACCUUCUGCUACUCUUUUAUAAGUUGUACCGCCUAAACCGCAAAACGCAUAUCCAAGCUGGAACAGAAUCAACAAAUGAAUUGCCUAGUGGAGAAGAAAUUGAGAAUCCAACUCACGUGCACACCAGUAUCGAUAGUCAAUCAAGUGACAGCGCGGGAAAGCUGUGCUCCAAAGAAAAGUAUGCAUUUGCAGUGAGACACUUCUACCUUACCAACAGGGAGUUCAAGCGGGAAGAACACACAGAAAAGAAAGGCUUCUUCAAGCUUUUCACAUUCGCAAGCAGGAUAUUUAAAUUGUUCCCAGAAAACGUCUCCACAGAUACGUAUAAGAAAUUCAACGAAGAAAUAUCCGAGGCGGGUGGCAAAGCGGACAGGAAAGCCAUUUUCGCAAUUCCAGAUAAGAAAAGUAAAGAAGGAUCAAAGGGGGAGGGAUCAUCUGAUGAGGGAAGUUACAACAGGGGUAAUAGCUCAGAGGGGAAUAACCACCCCGAGCAACAACCACGAGGAAACCAUGACGCAGACGAAAAAUACAUCCUUAAAGAUAUCAACGUUAAAAUGAAGCCUUACAAGAUAUACACCUUUUCCUCUAUAUUUAACAACGACCUGAAUGUGCUUUACUUUUUCAAGUUCUUUUUCGCCAACGGAGAAACAAAGCAUGGCCCCAAGGAACACCUCUCAUAUGGACAACGAAAAACCUUCGUUCAGACAGUGCAGGCAACGCAAAAGAACCACACGGAAGAUGAGAGCGACUACAAAAUUGUGCUCACCCCCAAUAUGUCAAUAUAUGAACACGUAAAAAUAAUCUUGACUUACAAGAAUAUAUCUCUCAGCAGCGCGGAGCUUAUGUAUGUUAUCAACCUAUUAAUGCUCACCGUAAACCUGCGUUGUGAUGUACAUAUUAACUGCAACGAACUCAGUGGGGGAAUGAAGAAGAAGGUGGAAUUAAUCAUUAACCUCCUUCGGGACGACCGAAUUAUUUUCCUCUACAAGCUAAACGACAACAUUGAUUUCUGCUCGCAAAUUUAUAUAAACCUCAUUUUGAAAAAUAUUCUGUUGGUGAAUGAACAGGGAUAUCACACAGGGGAGGAGAACAACAAUAAGAUCGAUUACCUACUCGGGGGAGAUAUGUCCAAAUGGGCCAUUCCCUAUUAUGGGGGACCAAACAGAAAGGGGAACCAUCAAUUUGAAUUAGCCAUCACACCAGAUAAAGAGCAGACGGAGGAGUGUCCAAUAUCAUCGAACAUCCAAAGUGUUAACGAAGGAAUAAUCAACACAUUCAUAAAGAACAAUAUAUUGAAAAUAAAAUUUGCCCCAAGAAAUUUUGUAAUUUAUACGCAUAUAUAUACGGAUAUUCUUUAUUAUGACUAUCUGUACCUGUUCAAUCGGAACGAAAUUACUUAUGAGAACUGCACGAAGAACAUGAUAAGGAACUUCCAUAAGCAUUACUCCUUUCAGGUGAAGCUGAAAGGGAUUGACCAUGCCAAGAUAAAUGAAUACAUAAAGUUUUUUUUCUGUACGAAUAAGCGAGCGUGCGUUAGGUUUUGCAAAGUGAUGAAGGCGCUCGAGGAGCGUGGCAGGGGGGGUAACAUCAAUCGUACGGGCAGGCGUACCAACAAUCGUACGGACAGCUGUAUCAACAAUCGUACUAGCCACCCUACUGGCGACACUGACGACACCAUCUCCUUCGUCGAGCAAAACUCCAAAAGAAACUCUCUCAGCCUGUACAACCUCUUCUUCAUUUUCAAAAAAAUCAAAAUGGGCAAAGACAACCUCCUUCCUCACAGCCCCUCCAAAAAAAAAAAAAAAAAUAACAUACUCAGCCUAUCCAAAUUUCAAAGAGUUCUCCUCAACCUUAUAAUAGACAAGUCAUCCUAUGUCAACCUUUACCUGAACAGAAAUAAAUACAUCUCCCUUUUCCUCCUUUUCAAAUUUGCCAUUUAUGAACUAGCCUACCAAAAUGUCCAGCAUUUUGUACAGAGAUAUAAGUGCGUGAAAAGAAUCUACUCCGAGAUGACUGUUUCUAAUCAGUGUCUCUUCAUUUUGAAAAUCCCCGACAACAGGCACUUUUUCAAAUUACUUGAAAUUAACCAACGGAUCAAAUUCGACGAUAAGGAUAUACAAGUGCAGCAGGUGGAUAUCAACAACUUGAAUGCAAACGAUAUUUUCCUCCUCCUGUUUAAGAAGCUCCUGUGA